AUGCUUCGCCAUUCUCCACAUUUUUACACGGAAUUAACAAUUUUAAUAUUUGUAUUUGGUUGGACAUUAAUCGACGGUCGAGUGGUAUCAACAGAAGUCGAUUUAAGUUGCAAUUUUGAGAGAAAUUUCUGCCAAUGGGAAAAUGGCCGCUAUUCAGAUUCUAAAUUUGCAUGGAUCAGAAACAAAGGUGAAACCAUCGCCCCUAAAACUGGUCCAAGUUACGAUCAUACUUAUCAAAAUCCGUACUAUGGCUAUUACGCGUAUCUAGAGACAUCUAGUCAGUUACACGAUAAUGCUACUUUGAAAAGUCCAAUAAUUCGCAGUAGUGAUAGUCAUUGUCUGCGAUUUUGGUAUAACAUGAAUGGAGCAGACGCUAGUCGACUACAAGUCGUAUCAUCUACAUCAGAAAUAUUAUGGUCGAAAAAGGGCAAUCAUAGCAAUAUUUGGCUAUUAGCUGAAGUGGACAUAUCUUCAAGAGCACAAGAAUAUAAAAUAUCAAUUACUGGGUUCACUGGCGAUAGCUAUGAGGCAAAUAUUGCUAUCGACGACAUGACGUGGGAAAAAGGAAUGUGCAAAAAUACAGAAUUUAAAAAUUUAAAGUGUGACUUUGAAUCGGGUUACUGUGGCUGGACAAAUGUUGGUUUUGACAGUUUUGAUUGGACUCGAAAAUCUGGCUCAACCAGCAGUAAAUAUACUGGACCUAAUUAUGAUCAUACCAUGCGAACGUCAUAUGGAAAUUAUGCAUAUAUGGAAGCUUCCAAUAGACAUAUUGGAGAGAAAGUUGUACUAGUUAGCAGAGUUCUGAAUAAUGAACGACCGAUGUGCUUUUCAUUUUGGUAUCAUAUGUGUGGCAGGAGCGUCGGUAAUUUGAUAGUCAAAAUCGUAACCAAAACCUCAACAGAAGUAUUAUGGGCAAAGAAAGGUAGUCAAGGUCAAAAGUGGAAAGAAGCAAAGAUCAAAAUAAUGAGUAUUCCACAAGACUAUCAAAUCUAUAUCGUGGCCAUUCGUGGCAAUACCUGGUCGAGUGAUAUUGCAAUUGACGAUAUCGAUAUAAAUGAGGGCACUUGUGGUGCAGAACAAAUUCAAUCAAUUCGAUCGAUACGCAAUUAUCCUAGGUGUGGUAUAACUAAAUCUCGUAUACCUCGGAUUAUCGGUGGUAACACUGCUUCUCCUCAUAGUGUUCCUUGGCAAGCAUUAUUGAAAGUGUACUAUGUAUCAGGGGGUAAGGUGCAUACAACGAGUUGUGGUGGUUCACUAAUUAAUGAGAAUUGGGUUAUUACAGCAAGUCAUUGUAUACCAAAUAAGCCAAUUCGAGUUAAGAUUGAUUUAGGACGGCAUAAUCUUCUGACAAAAGAGAGCUAUACUAAGCAAAUAAGGAUUGCUAAGUCGAUCUUUCGGCAUCCCAUGUAUCAGUAUAAAAACUCUAUUUCAAGUAUGAAAGAUCUGGAUGGUGACAUUGCUUUAAUUAAACUAAACGCAUCCGUAAAUAUUAAUAAUUUUGUGCGUCCAAUAUGUUUACCGACAGCUAAUGAUACGUUUAAUGAGCUUAACUCAUGUAAAGUAUCUGGUUGGGGUAUGACAGCUGGCCAACCAAGACAUAUCUUACGGUAUGCUCAUGUACCUAUCGUGAACCGAAAUUUUUGUAAUAGCACUUAUUCUUAUAAUGGUCGACUUACUUUUAACAUGCUAUGUGCUGGUUAUAUGCAAGGCUAUACCAGUACUUGCUAUGGUGAUAGUGGCAGUCCGCUGUCAUGUCGUCAUCGUCCAGGUGCAGUCCUAUCAGGAUAUUCGGAUCGAUGGUAUUUAGCUGGUGUCGUUAGUGGUGGAGUUGGUUGUGCACCAAAAUAUUAUCCUACUGUUUAUGCAAGCGUGACUGCAGCACCCAUUUACAGAUGGCUAUCAAAGACAUUAGAAAAUAGUUAA